GUUUUAGUUAACCAACAUUUUAAGCUUGUUGAUGUUUUGUAUCUACUACCAACUGUUUAAUACCAAUACUUGGAUUGUGUAUGAGUGAGUAUUUUCUUAACUCACUGCCAAAUACGUGUUUAGUGUAAUGUUGACUACGAAGAAAACAAGAACGUGGAAUAAAAGCAGAAAAAAGAAACAUUUUAACUAUAUAGAUCAAGUUUAAUAUUUUACAAUUUGUCAAAAAAGAGAAAAAAGAGGAAGCAUUAAUAAGCUUUUUUUUAGGAAAAUAUUAAAUCAAGAAGAAAACAAUUAUAAACACGUACCCGUCCGUAUAUACAUACAAAAGAUUUUAACACCAAAAAGUGAUUUCAAAAUGUGAUAAAUAUUAAAUUGAAAAAUUGUUUUUUAAGAAAAAAAAAUGUAAAAAUUGUAGCAAAUUUUAAAUUAUUGUAUAGCAUGAUCAAAUUAGAAAGUUUAGCUUGGUAAAUUUUACGCUUCACAGAGGCUAAAUACAAAAAAAAAAAUAUUUAGUAAAACAUACACAAAAACACCAGUGAACAACAAAGCAAAAUCAAGAAUACAAAAUUACUAUAACAAUACAAUAAAUGUGGAGUAUGAAACUCCUUUCCAUUUAAAUAAAAAUUUACAAAACACCAUGUCCGAUUCUGAACCAGUUAGUUUAGAAUUCAUUGAAGAUCCAUAUUUGCCCAAACUCGAUGAUGUUUCUACACCUUCACUAGAUUCCUGUGGUCUUGACUGGAACGAUGAAACGGAUUUAUAUUUACGUAAUCUAACGCUUGAUCAAAUUUUCUAUGACACCGACUCCGACUACACCAAUCAAUUGGAACUACAGGCGGUCGAAACAGAGUUUAUCAUUUCGAAAUUAGCAAAUCAAUCACCCUCAAUGUCUAUAGCAAAACGAUUUCGUUUGAAAUUUUUUGCCAAACGAACAAUGCGUGAUGUUAAGGUGACAUUUGUUGAUUUUUCAAAACCCUAUAUUGCCAAGAUAUCGAGUAGUGAAAAUUAUAAAAAAUUCUUAAAUAUUGGAUCUCCCGCUCAUGCAACAAUAACCAAAGGUAAUGAAUGGAAGUGACGAAA